AUGGCAUUCAAGUUUGUUACGUUUUUUGCAUUCGUCGCAGUUGCCAGUGCUGGACUUGUUACUGUACCACAAGUAUAUCACCCAGCUCCGGUACCUACUACUGUGGUGAAAACAAUCACUCCUGUUACGUAUGCACAUGCCCAACCGAUAUUGACUCAACAUCAUGAUGAUCAAUAUGAUCCUCAUCCCCAAUAUAAAUUCGCAUACGAAGUUAACGAUGAACAUACCGGUGACAAUCACAGCCAACAAGAAGAACGUGAUGGUGAUGUUGUCCACGGCGAAUACUCAUUGAUUGAUGCUGAUGGUUUCAGACGUGUUGUCCAGUACUCUGUUGAUCCUCACAGUGGCUUUAAUGCCGUUGUAAAUCGCAUUCCUUUGGAACAUGUCAAAACCGUUGUAAAAUCUGUUGCUGCUCCUGUGCACUAUGUAGCUCCUGUUCCAGCCACCACUAUUGUCAAACAAUAUCCAGUUCCUGUGGCAUAUCAUCAACAUCAUUAA